AUGGGGAAGACCAUCAAGGCGCGGGCGGAGGAAAGAGGGAGCGCCGCAACAGGGGUCCUGGGAGGAUGGAAGGAGAGUUGUCGAGGAACUCGAGACAGAAUUGGAAGAUUCAGAUACGCAAGGCACGAGGACGACGAGGACGACGAAGACGACACCGAGGACUCUGAAGACGACUCUUCCGACCAAGACGACGACGAAGAAGAAAACGAGAUUGACUGGGAGCUCUUGUCACCAAAAGAGCGGGACGAGGCACUGGCGCAGAGAGCCCUCGCCCGCGUACGGCGCGCACAGGAACGGGGCAAGCUGGAGGUCAACCUCAGCAAGGAGGAGAUGGCGGCCCUCGAGCGGCGGAGGAAGCGCAUGGAAAAGGAGGCGCGCAAGCAGGAGCGCAAGCAACGCCAAGAAAAGGAGCAGAGGUUCGCCAUCCCGCUGUCCCAGUUUGAGCCGACGUCUCGCAAAAGGUCGCCGACGAUGACUGCCGAGGACGACCUGCCGCGCCAUCCGUCCCCGGGCACGUUCGCCGAAGUACAAACGCGAGGUCCGCUACCGCCCAUCGGUUACUUCCCACCGCCCAACGCUUCUCGUACCCGAACCCGCUCGGCAACUUCGGCUUCUCAGCGACCCACUCACCGUCAGCCUUCGGACAUGUCGCCGGCGUCGUCGGCCACGUCCUCCAUGUCAAAGUCGCGCUCAAAUGUCGACCCCUUCCAGUUUCAGGUCGAGGGCCCCCAAGUGGCCGCCUCGCGACGCAACGCCUCGGGCUCUACAGACGGACGUCGGUCCUCGGUUGCACCCCCGGUGACGCGAAGUUCCCGGGCCUUGCGCGGUCCGCCGCCACCCGAGGAGGACAGCAGCGAAGACAGCAGCGAGGAGAGCAGCGAGGAGAGCACCAGCGACGGCACGGGCGACGGCGCCCAGAUUGCCCAACCACCGCAGCCGCCGCCUCCGACGACGAGACGUGGCCGCAAGGAGGCCGUUGUCGUGGAGGAGGCCGCCACUCGUGAAUCGGCGCGUGGGGUUUCGCGGGGCAAGAAAUCUGCCAACCCGUCGCCGUCCAAGAGAAAGCCUACGAACAGUCGGAAGAAGAAGAAAUGAGUCUUGGCCUCUGUCCACCGCUGGUCUCUCAAGAGUCUCUCACAUCACCCGUAUCUUGUAUCAAUUAUAUAGAGUCUUGGUUUCUCAAUCGACGUCCCACCACCGGGUGUCCUACAAAAUCCGUUGUCUUUGCGUGAUAUUCAACUCAAUGGGAAGAUCCGUGGGAUUAUAUAGCAUUGCUGUCUGUGAUCAUAAAUCGUUCUCAUGAUAAUGGUAUCGCGCAAAAGGUAUAUAGGUAGAUAGAUAUACAUGGUGCGCCGUCAUGGUCCGAAGCUCUCGCAGGCUCCACCCGUCCCAGGGCCGCCUGCACAAGGAACGGACCAACAGAGGAAGCAAGAACCAUGUGCCCCCCUUGUAACGCCGCCGAAAGCAAGCAAGCAAGCAAGAACCUUGAAA